AUGAAUUCUGAUUCGAGCUCUGUCUCCAGCAGAGCUUCAUCGCCGGACAUGGAUGAGAUGUAUCUGAGGGAACACCACCACCGCCACCACCACCACCAGGAGAGCCGUCUCAACUCGGUCUCCUCCACGCAGGGCGACAUGGUGCAGAAGAUGCCCGGGGAAAGCCUCUCGCGGGCCGGCGCCAAGGCCACCGGCGAGAGCAGCAAGUACAAAAUCAAGAAGCAGCUGUCGGAGCAGGACCUACAGCAGUUGAGGCUGAAGAUCAACGGUCGGGAGCGCAAGCGGAUGCACGACCUAAACCUCGCCAUGGACGGGCUUCGAGAGGUCAUGCCCUACGCGCACGGGCCCUCGGUGCGCAAGCUCUCCAAGAUCGCCACUCUCCUGCUGGCCAGAAACUACAUCCUCAUGCUCACCAGCUCCCUGGAGGAGAUGAAGAGGUUGGUUGGCGAGAUCUACGGGGGCCACCACUCUGCCUUCCACUGCGGGACCGUGGGCCACUCGGCCGGCCACCCCGCGCACGCCGCCAACGCGGUGCACCCCGUGCACCCCAUCCUGGGCGGCGCGCUCUCGUCCGGCAACGGCUCGUCGCCGCUGUCCGCCGCCUCGCUGCCGGCCAUCGGCACUAUUCGACCUCCCCACUCGCUGCUCAAGGCGCCCUCCACGCCGCCCGCGCUGCAGCUGGGCAGCGGCUUCCAGCACUGGGCCGGGCUGCCCUGCCCCUGCACCAUCUGCCAGAUGCCGCCGCCGCCGCACCUUUCCGCUCUCUCCACCGCCAACAUGGCUCGGCUGUCGGCCGAGUCCAAGGACUUGCUCAAGUGAGCAGAGGACGGCCCGGCAGCUGCCCAGGAUGAGGGGAGAGAGGCGGGAGGGACUGCGGUGUCGGGCCGGGAGGGGAGAGAGAGGCUGAGCACUCGCUCGGCCGGCGGGAGGGUGAGCGCGGGGUCCCGCGGCCUCCCACUCCGUCGGAGAUCUCAGACUCCGCUUGACCUCCCGGAGGGAAAGGACCAAAACCAAACUGCAAUUUCUAGGUGGUAACGAAGGGGGACUCGAACCAGACUUCGUGUGUUUUGCAUGCAUGCUUCUUUUCCCCAUGCCGCGCCAGUGCUUCUCACUUACAUAGGCUCUUGUCAAAACUGCAUUUGUUGUGUAAAGACGGGAUCGGUGUGGUCAAAAACUUGCGAAGGGACUUUAGAGUUGGCUUUCUCUGGCUCUGUGUUCUCACCUUGGAAAAGACAACAUCCCUUUUGUGCAAAAACAGAUGUAAAUAUUUCCUGGAGAUGGAUGCAAUUACGAUUGUCACUAUCUCUCCGCAGUUGUUUUUCUAGAGACGUUGAGAGAGAGAGAGAGAGAGAGAGAGAGAUCAAGACCCAAGUUUUGAAUCUCAACCCCGGUCCAGGGCAUGACAUCUCUUAUGUGGGUUUUCCUUAAGACGCAGUGUAGGUCAAAAGAAUGCAUGCAAGCUUCUAAAUGAAUCUUCUCGAAACAUGUUGUGCAGGCCAUGAUGCCAUUUUCCUUGUAACAAGGAUUUAUUAGUGAAUUCUCCGAAGUAUCCAUAUAUCUGUCUGUGGUUGUAUGAAAUGAAAAAAAGGGGGCAGAGUGCAAAGACCCAAACUCACGCACAAGUGCUUCUUCCCCCACCCCACCCCCUCUGAACUCCAUUCCCAAACUCCAUCCCAAGGCUGUUCUAGGGGCCAGCUAUUGCCAGAGCCUGGGCUCCGUCUACUAGCUUGCCCCAUCCCCCCUCCCCCCUUGCUCAGCGAUUCUGCAUGCGGGGUUGGCUCUCUCUAUCAUCAGCUUUGAAAAGUUAUCAUGGUUUGGGGAGGGGUGCCGUUUUUAUUUUCCUGAACAUUUGCUUGAAAUAUUUU